CUUUUGGGUUAUUAAUCUAGAGUGCCCUAUUUCGUCUGAUUUUUAAUUCUAACCGAAGCUUCAUAUAUCCACGGCAUCAAACAGAAGUACAGAACCAAACCAAAGCCGAUCAAGGGCAAUCCGGAAACGGGAACAAACCUCAAGGAGAAAUCAUAUAUACAUUAGCAGAUCACAAACAACCAGUUCAUUGUCAAAGCUCAAACUCCAGGCGCAGAUCCGAGAGGUUUGGGAUUGGAAACCCUUGAUUUCUCUAUCUACUUUCAGAAUCCUUCAAAUCUAUCAACUGUUCUAUUCAAUCACUCGCUCCCUAGCAGGAGAAAGGAACUAUUUUAAUAUAGGAGCUAUUGGAAGCAGUAUAGACGAUAUGCCUUCUCAAAAGAUUGAGACAGGUCAUCAGGACACAGUCCAUGAUGUGGUUAUGGAUUAUUAUGGUAAGCGCAUUGCUACUGCCUCAUCGGACCACACAAUUAAGAUAAUUGGUGUUAGCAACAAUACUUCACAGCAUCUUGCUCAGCUCACGGGCCAUCAAGGACCUGUUUGGCAAGUAGCCUGGGCGCACCCAAAGUUUGGGUCCUUGCUUGCUUCAUGUUCUUAUGAUGGGCGAAUCAUAAUAUGGAAGGAGGGCAAUCAAAAUGAGUGGACUCAAGCUCAUGUUUUUGAUGACCACAAAUCAUCUGUUAACUCCAUUGCUUGGGCACCUCAUGAGGUUGGUCUUUGUUUGGCAUGUGGCUCUUCAGAUGGAAAUAUAUCAGUUUUUACUGCAAGAGCAGAUGGUGGUUGGGACACAUCCAGAAUUGAUCAGGCUCACCCAGUUGGAGUAACUUCAGUUUCUUGGGCCCCAUCAACUGCACCUGGUGCUCUUGUUGGCUCUGCUUUGCUUGAUCCUGUUCAGAAGCUUUGCUCAGGUGGUUGCGACAAUACUGUGAAAGUGUGGAAGCUUUACAAUGGAACUUGGAAGAUGGACUGCUUUCCUGCCCUUCACAUGCAUACUGAUUGGGUAAGGGAUGUGGCAUGGGCACCUAACUUGGGCCUUCCAAAAUCAACUAUUGCCAGUGCUUCUCAGGAUGGGAAAGUUAUUAUAUGGAUUGUGGGAAAGGAAGGGGAUCAAUGGGAGGGUAAGGUCUUGCAUGAUUUCAAGACUCCUGUUUGGAGAGUCUCAUGGUCGCUCACUGGAAAUAUUUUAGCUGUUGCUGAUGGGAAUAACAAUGUGACAUUGUGGAAAGAAGCUGUAGAUGGAGAAUGGCAACAGGUUACUACGGUUGAUUCCUAGAGCCACAGUCAAAUUUCCCCCCUUUUUAAUACUAUGUUGUUUUCUGGUUCUAUUACAUUGGAUGACGAUAAUCAGAACAUGUUUUCCUAGAUGUUCUUCCAUAGCUGGAGUUGUUAUUAUGUUGGAAAUUUGAGUCUUCAUGUUUUGGACUUUAGGUUCUGUCGUAAAACCUUAGAUUGCCGGAUAGGGUGGUUCAUUUUUUUUGCAAUUUAAAUCUAUAUUGUUCUGUGAACGCGUUGAUCA